AUGCCAACCAUCGCACCCGGAAGUAAAGUUCUUGUAACUGGCGCGACCGGUUUCGUCGGUGCUUGGGUUGCCCGCAAUCUACUCGAGAAGGGUUAUUCAGUUCGCGCCGCCGUACGAUCAGCGAGCAAAGUCAAAUAUCUCACUGAGUACUUCAAAUCAUAUGGCGACAGGUUCGAAACCGUAAUCGUAGGAGAUAUGUCGAAGGAUGACGCGUUCGAUGAAGCUGUGAAGGGUGUUGACGGGAUUGAGCAUAUUGCUUCGCCGGUUCAUCUCAAUGCUGACGAUCCUCAAGAACUCAUCGGCCCGGCUGUCAGCGGUACAGUUGGUAUUCUGAACAGUGCCUUACGAAACAACCCGACGCUCAAACGUGUUGUCGUAACGUCCUCGGGUGCAGCUGUGCUCGAGCUACUCCCAGAACCAAAAGUGUUCUCUGAGCUCGAUUGGAAUCACCAAGCUGUCAGGCUGGUCGAGGAGCAGGGGCGGUCGGCGGCGAACAUGACCAAAUAUCGGGCCUCGAAGGUGCUCGCAGAGACAGCGGCUUGGGAGUUCGCUAAGGCUCACAAAGGGGAGAUCAGCUGGGACAUUACUGUCGUCAUUCCUCCAUACGUGUUCGGCCCAGUCAUACAUGAAGUAGCCUCACGCGAAGCUCUUAACACGUCUUCUGCUCAUCUUCUCGAUCUUCUGUUAACGCCAUCUACCUCACCAAACGCCAUGUCCACUGAGGCCCUGACGACGACCGGAUCCUCCUGGAUCGAUGUUCGCGACUUGGCAGAAGCUCACACGAGGGCGCUCGAGAGGGCCGAAGCAGGGGGAGAGAGGAUUAUCGUGUGUGUGGAGCCUUUUGUCUGGCAGGACUGGAUCGACGCGGCGCAAAGUCUCUCUCCUCCUGUGGCCCUGCCACCGCACUACCAACUCGCUGUCGGCGUACCAGGCGGCGGAAAGAAUGCCGUCUACAAGAUUCGUUUCGACACUUCGAAGGCGGCUAGAAUCUUGGGGAUCAAGUACCGUUCGAAAGAAGAACCAGUCAGAGCUCUUUUAGAGGAUGUCGUUUCCAAGGGCUGGUAA